AGGAAGGGCCUAUUUAAGGACAUGUCCCAUGGCAAGUGAAAACUUGUGCACAUCGCAUCUCUGCUUGUGUGAAGACAACACUUUGCUAGACACCUACUUACGCUCACUUCUCUACACUUUGUGGAAAUGGCUCUUGUUUCUGGCUCCGAGGUUUCAAAGAGAUUUCCUGGAGCUGUUGUCCUGUUUCUGGGGCUGCUCAGUGUUCUCCUGCUGGUUGGACUCAUCGGCGUCUGUGUCCACUACCAUGUCUCAGCAUAUGGAUCAGCUCCAGAUCUCUCCAUGAUCAAAGCCAACCUGACUGAGAGUCUCAACGCCAGUUAUGACAAGAUUUCUUCCCUGACUGAAGAAAGAGACCGGCUGAAAGCCAGAAUCACUGAAAUGACUGAAGAGUUGAAGAAGUCUGUCCCAAAAGAGAAAACGUGUCCUGCAGGAUGGAAGAUGUUCAGUUGCGCCUGUUAUAUCCUCUCUUCUGUGAGUGGUUCCUGGAAUGAAGCCAGAAAGGACUGCAGAGGCAGAGGAGCAGAUCUGGUGGUGAUAGACAGCUCUGCAGAGCAGGAGUUUCUCAAUAAGUUCACCCAGACAUAUGCUUGGAUCGGUUUGACUGACAGAGAUGAAGAAGGAACCUGGAAAUGGAUAGAUGGAACUCCACUGACUCUGAGCAACUGGGGAAACAACCAGCCUGAUAAUGGUGGUGGAGAUCCACAGUGGGGUGAAGAGGACUGUGCCCAUAUCAGACUUAACGGCGAGUGGAAUGACCGGUCAUGUAAAACCUUACUGCGGUGGAUCUGUGAGAAAAUGGCUCAACAUUGCUGACAGUUUUGAGAUGAUCAAUUUGAUAAUGCUUUGGCUUUGGCAAUAAUGCUCUGUCAUGAUGAGAUGAUUCACCGCCAUUCCAGCCAGUGUGUGUGUAUGUGUGUGUAUAUCAUGUGAUGCAAUUGAAAGCCCCAUAGAGUAGUGCAGAGAUGACGGCCUUUUGUAGACCAACACAGAAGUUAACAUUGCCCUGGUUCCCUCAACAAAAGCCUGUGGGAUUUUUCAAUAAGAUUUUGGAUAAUUGCAGAAAAUAAACUCUGUGGCAAACAAACGUUUGUGAUACUUACAGGAUUUGUUUAGCAGGAUAGUCUUUAUAAAGGAACACAGUUUUUAUUAUUUCUGAAGUGUCAAUGCAAUCACCAUAAGGAAAAAGCUAACAUUGGGCUAUAAACAAACAACACUAUGGUUGUGUGAC